AUGAAACGUAAAAUAAGUAUAUAUUUUCUUUUAGCUGUAACUGCUUAUGUUCAUCGAACAAUUCAUAAUUUUAAUUUAUUUUCAUCGGAUAAUAAAAAUAAUCCCGAUGACGAACGUAUUGGUAUUAUGGCUACACGUCUUUAUAUUUUAUUCACAAUUAUCGGUCUUAUAAUUCUAAGUUGUUAUACACUAUUAUUAACACAUAGUCACACAUAUACUAUAAAAGGGCCUUCACUUUCAAAAUUUGAAGACUUACAUUCAAUGCAUUCGUUAACAUUAAAUUGUCCAUGUUCAAAUUUUUCAAUGUCACAUGCUCGAAUAAUGAGUCUUUAUCCUCGUUAUCAUUCAAUAUGUUCAAGUGAUUAUCUCAAAGAUUAUUGGUUAUCUUAUUUUGGUCGUGUAGAAAUUAAUCUUGAUAGUGUUGAUUUUCUAACAACUGACUUUCGAACUAGUGGUCAAUCAUUUUUUAAGUUAAUAACCAUAUUAUGUGUAACAGCAAAUGAAACAGUUGAAAAUGCUUUAAAAGUAUUUCGUUCAAAUCGAUUAGUUACAAUGAAUGCAUUAUCACGUUCACAAUUUCAUAUUGAAACUACAAGACGUUUAAAACAAUUUCAAGAACAAACAAUAGCUUCUUUUCUUGGUCUAAUUGAAUUAAUUCGUUCAUCAAUUCAAACAAAUCAAUUAGCAGAAGAAACAUGGACAAAUGUUGGUCCUUUAUCAAUAUAUAAUAAUGAAACAUCAAAAUGGUCAUUUCGUUUUCGACCGAGAGAUUUUUAUACAAAUUCAUGUUCAUGUGCUGUAUCUGAUCAAUGUACUCGUCCUGUUGGUUUUUAUUUACAAGAAACAGAUAAUAUGCUUGUUCCACCUAAUAUAACCGUACCUGGUUUAGUUCUUGGUUGUUAUGCAAUGGAUUCUCUUCUUUUAUCUACAUUAGAAUGUUUUUAUGAGAAAAAAUGUAUCAAACUUCUUGUUGAUGGUUAUUAUUUUGAUGUUGUUGAUUUAGUUCGACCAUUAGAUAUUCGUGCUGUUCAAAUAGAACCACUUCGAAAUGAAGGCAGUCGUUAUUAUCCAAAUACAACAAUAAAUGAAAUAUUUUCACAAUUAUUUAUAGAAGAUUGGAUUAAUUCAAGUAAUUUUACGGCAUAUUAUAAACGAUGUGCACCUACACAAUGCACUUAUACGAUACAAAAACGUUUUGAUGCUGGCUACAUGUUUACUAUUAUGCUUGGAUUUUAUGGUGGAUUAAGUACCAUUUUAGAAAUUAUUUUACCAUCACUUGUUAAAACAUCUUUACAACUAUGGAUAAAACGAAAAAAAUCAGUGCAAUCAGAUAAUCCUAACGUAAUCACGACGGACAUAACAAUCUAUGAUCAAUGUUCUUCUUCGUCAAAAAAUGCUCAUCGUCGCCGUCAUAAUGUAUUUACAAAACUUUUGUCAUUGAAUUUAUUUGUUAGUGACCCACCUUCGACAGAGAAACAAUUUUUGGAUCAAGAAGUCAAUGCUACUCGAAUUUAUAUAUUUUUAUUUAUGUUAUGUUUAAUUGGUGCUCUUAUAUAUUCUGGUCCAUUUAGUGAAGAAAGAGAAUCUUUUAAUGAAAAAUAUCCAACAAUAGAUAUUUUUAAUGAUUUUCAUCAGAAAAAUAUUUCAAGUCUUUCAUGUCCUUGUUCAAAAGCAGCUAUUCCUUAUUCAAAUUUUUUAUCAAUAACACCAAAAUAUCAUUCAAUAUGUUCAAGUAAAUAUAUUUCUCCAACAUAUAGUAUGAAUAUAUUAAAAAAUAAUGAUAGUGUAUCAUUAGCAUUAAGUACUCAUUAUCGUUUAUUAUCAUCACUAUGCCGUUCAUCUCGUCAUUUCAUUAAUAAUGCUACAGAUGUCUUUGGUACUCGUGAACUAGUUACUGUUGAAACAUUAACUCGUUCUUCAUUUGAUAUUCAAACAAAAGCAUUACUUUCAACAUUUGUUUCUAAAAUUUCAGCUGAUUAUCGUCGUACACUUUCAUUUAUAGUUAAUUCAUUUAGUGUUAAUCAAUUAUUACAUCUUUUUAGAAGUAAUUGGCAAGUUGAUUUUACUGAUGAAAAUGAAAAAAAUGUGAUAAAAACAUUUCCACGACGUUUUUCAUCGUCAAAUUGUAGUUGUGCAAUAUCAUCAAAUUGUAAUGAACAAUUAAAAGAUGAUAUUGUUAUUGGUUGUUUCCCCUAUGAUGGAUUUCGUUUAUCAAAAUUUGAAAAUUUUUCAUUAGGAAAAUUAAAUGAUCAAUUAUUUGUAGAAAUAUGGACAAAUACAACUAAUUAUACAAAUUAUUUUCAAACAUGUAAACCAUCAGAAUGUCAAUAUACAUUAUCAGAUAAAAAUAAUCCUUUGACAAUGUUAACAACUGUUUUAGGAUUAUAUGGAGGUUUAACAUAUACUUUACGUUUGAUUGUUGGUCAGUCAUUACUUGCUUAUCGAUGGUGGAUAAAACAUUUAGCAACAAGAACAAACACAAACGAAAUUAACUGA